CAAAGUCUAACUCCCAAUAUUUUGAUUCAAAGAAUUCCUUCUUUUCACAUCCUAAUAUCUCAAAGAUAAAAUGUCAACCGCCGAGAAGUUGUCCAACCAUGCUGAGUCUCCCCUCAGAGAGACAACGUCCGAUGAGCAGACAAUCACCAACAGGGGGCCAUUCGAAAGAGCCAAAGAGUCUUCCAGCACUCAGCCUGCUCGAGAAAUAAAACCUUUAUCUUGGUUUGCAAUCAUAUUCUCGCUCUUGUCUGCCUUGUUUUUAUUUGCAUUGGACAACACCAUUGUUGCAGAUGUGCAAGCGGAAAUCAUCUCCACGCUAGAAGGAAUUGACAGACUACCCUGGAUCUCUGUGGCCUUCGCACUUGGAGCUGUUAGCACCAAUCUUGUUUGGGGUCAGCUCUACUGCUUGCUUGAGAACAAGAUUCUUUUCAUCACCAGUGUCAUUCUCUUCGAAGUUGGUUCGGCCGUGUGCGGCGCUGCGCCUACGCUCAAUGCUCUCAUCGUCGGGCGAGCACUUUGUGGCAUUGGCGGAAUGGGAAUUUAUCUAGGAACCAUGAACAUGGUGUCUGCUCUAACGAAUCAGAUCGAAAGGCCAGUGUAUUUGGGCUUCGUUGGAUUGACGUGGGGUAUAGGAACUAUUCUCGGGCCUAUUAUCGGUGGAGCUUUUGCCGAUAGCUCAGCUACAUGGAGAUGGGCCUUUUACAUUAACCUUUGCAUCGGAGCGCUCGCGGCUCCGGUGUUCAUCUUCCUCCUGCCCACCACCAUGCCCGCAGGUUGCGGCGAUCAGAGUCUUUCCUCUCGAGUCAAGAGAUUAGACACUGCCGGAGCUCUGCUGAGUGCAGGUGCUAUAGUAACCCUCGUGAUGGCUGUGUCAUUCGGCGGAGGCACGUACGCAUGGAACAGUGGGCAAACGAUCGCACUUUUUAUCGUCACUGGCGUCCUUUGGAUCUGCUUCGCCCUGCAGCAGAACUUCUAUGUUCUCACAACUCGAGAGAACCGUUUAUUUCCAACAACGCUACUCAAAUCCUGGGAAAUGGAUAUCUUAUUCGCUCAGAUGGCUAGCGCCCAGGUUGUGGUCACGGUCCCCAUCUACUUCAUUCCCCUCUACUUCCAAUUCGCAAAGGGCAAGUCGGCUUUCUCUAGCGGUGUUCAACUUCUGCCUUUUGUUCUCCUGUUGGUAUUCGCCGUUAUGCUCAACGGAGCUAUGAUGCCCAAGGUUGGAUACUACAUGCCGUGGUACUCUGUUGGUUCUGCACUAGCGCUCAUCGGCAGUGCUCUGCUAUAUACUGUGGACCUCGACACCAACCAGGCCAAUAUUUACGGAUGCUCUGUCCUUACCGCCUUCGGAGUCGGUCUUUUCUCUCAAGCUGGAUUUCCUGUCGCUCAGGUCAAAUCUCCUCAUCUGCAACAAGCCGUGUCGUUCAUCGGAUUUGGCCAAGUGGGCGGCAUCACACUCGCUCUCAUGAUUUCGAACAGCAUAUUCAUGAACCAAGCUACGAACAGAAUUGCCGACAUCCUGGACAACACAUCCAAGGCGACCAUUCAGGAGGCGAUACUUGGCUUUGGAAAUGCGUUCUUCCACAGUCUUACUCCGACACAGCGGAGACAGGUCUUGGAAGCAAUCAUCGAAAGCAUUUCGGACGCUUUCAUCACGGUCAUCUCCGCAAGUGCCUUGUCUCUGGUGCUUUCAGCAUUCAUGAAGCGCGAGAAGCUUUUCGUGAAGCCUAUGCAGUAA